CCUUGUGCUCUGUUUGCUCUCUGUCCCCUGUCCCAGGUGCAGCUCCAAGCUCAAGACAUGUCCUGCUACACCCCGUGCCGGCCCUGCCAGCCCUGCGGCCCGACCCCGCUGGCCAACAGCUGCAAUGAGCCCUGUGUCAGGCAGUGCCAGGACUCCACUGUGGUCAUUGAGCCACCUGCUGUGGUGGUGACCCUGCCCGGGCCCAUCCUCAGCUCCUUCCCACAGAACACCGUGGUGGGAUCCUCCACCUCCGCUGCCGUUGGCAGCAUCCUCAGCUGUGAUGGAGUGCCCAUCAACUCCGGGGGCUUUGACCUCUCCUGCAUCACCAGGCGCUAUGGUGGCAGGAGGGGCCUCCCCUGCUAAAACUGCUGAGCAUAUACAGGUCUUGGGCGGUUUCCCCAAGAUCUCCAGACAUCGAGAACAAAGAGAGAAUCUUCAGGUCAUUUCUUUCAGAGGAACUGAGCAUCUUCAGCUCCUCCUAAGAACACUGGCAGGAAGGGGCCAGCCUUCCUGGGCGCUUUGAAAACAUGGCCCAUGUCUUUCCUUUGAUAUUUCUACAUACCUCCUUUUCUCAUUUUUCAUUCUUUUCUUCUGCUUCCCUGGUCUGCAAGGCUCCUCCAAGCCAGCCUGCACUCUACAGCAAAGACAAAUGGAUGCCCUGCAUGGACUUUGCCAUGGCCAAGAGGUGAAGUCUCUUGUCCCUCCAGACCACUGCACUGAGUUCCUGUGCUUGUGGUGACCUUGAUUCCAUCUUUAAACUCAAUAAAGAUUUUUACAUCUCA